UAUAUUGUGCCAAUUAAAGUGUUUUCGAGUGGAAUUGAAUUGCAACAAUAAGCGACAACUAGCUGCAUGAUAACCAACAUGUUCAACAAUAUCCUAAUAUUCUUCGUCUCUACAACAAUAAUAUUAUUUACAAUAACUGUACAAACCAAAGACACACAGAACUCUUCAUCAAAUUCACACAUUAAAAAUGAAAUUCAAAAUUUACCGGAACAAAUUAAUGAUUCGAUUGACAGUGAUUUAAAAACAAUUUAUUUUUUUAAUAAUUUUAAGUUCGACGAGGAAAAUGUGACCGACAAUAGUUCAAUUAGUGUCAUUUAUCCGCGUAAAUUGAAAAUCGUUUCCACUGUCAGUGAUAAAAGCAAUGUAUCAAAAGAUCAUAAAAGACAAGUGUCGGCAAUGCGUAACGCUGUUCGCACGGCAGCCAGAGAAGGUCUGGCUGCCAUGAGAGAGUUGUAUGAAGUCAAGGAGCCGCGUCUAAUUAAAAAAGGUUUCUAUUUGGAUAUAAAUCAUCCUGCCACAAAACUAUUUGAAUUUAGUGCACCCAGCGACAACGUUACGGAUCAAAAUGCUCAAGCUGCCUAUGCACAUAUUGUGGCCGCAAAGAAACUACAAAAUAGUUACAAGCUAAACUUCUCCGGAUAUGGAAGACAAGCACCUGUUAAGAUAUCCAUGCGAAAAACGCCACUGGAAUCAUUUUGCCCCCCACGAACGCAGCCCAGAUGCACACCAGCGAGUCGUCGUUAUCGCACCCACGACGGCACUUGUAACAAUUCCAGAAAGCCAAGAUGGGGUUCCGCUCAACUACCAUUCCAUCGGUUCCUGAGUCCUGAAUAUGCUGAUGGAAUAGAGAACAUUCGAUUAUCGGUCAAUGGUGGACCGUUAGCAUCAGCCAGAUUUAUCAGCUUAUUGGUUCAUGGAUCGAGGGACAGUGAUUCGCCCGUUACACUUAUGUUGGCUCAGUGGGGUCAGUUCAUCGAUCAUGACAUUACAUCUACGGCUCAACCGAGAAGUGUUAACGGUUCUGUACCACAAUGUUGUGGCGUUUCGGAACAACAUCCCGCUUGUGCCACAAUUAAGGUACCCAAAGACGAUCCUUGGUUAUCUCCACUUAACAUUCGAUGUUUAGAAUUCUUACGAUCUGCACCAGCUCAACGGCGUGAUUGCUUAUUAUCGUGGCGUGAACAAACAAAUCAAGUGACUUCGUAUCUGGACGCAUCGACCAUUUAUUCAAGCAAUCCAAUUACCGCUGAAAAUGUUCGAGUUUUUCGUGAUGGUUUGCUGCUGUUCGGUCGUGGACCGCCUAAUGAAGAUGCAUGUCUUCGAGGAGCGUUGAACAACAGAUGUGUACGGCCGGGCGACUCACGAAGCGGGGAACAGCCAGGAUUAUUGGCUAUGCAUCACGUGUUAGUCGGCGAACACAAUCGCGUUGCAAUCGAGCUAGCUCACUUGAAUCCACAUUGGAGUGAUGAGAAAAAUUAUCAGGAAGCCAGACGAAUUAUUGGUGCUAUGGUGCAACACAUAACGUACAGAGAGUUUUUGCCAUUAGUUUUGGGAAGAGAUGUUUGUCGAUUGUUCGACCUGGAGUUAGAGCGUGAAGGAUUCUACAAGAAUUACGAUAUUCGAGUGAAUCCAACUGUCGCAAAUUCAUUCUCAGCUGCAGCAUUUAGGUUUGGCCAUUCUUUAAUUCAAGGAUCGUACAUGAGAAGUAAUAGUCAUCAUCAAUUUAUCGAUAACAACGUUACUUUGCAUGAAGAAAAUACAAUUGGCGAUAUGGGCAGCCCUGGGUCGUUGCAUAGAUUAUUGAGAGGAUUAGCAAUUCAGAGAGCACAAAAGCGAGAUGAAUUCAUAACGGCAGAACUAACAAACCACUUAUUCCAAUCGGACUCCUUUCCAUUCGGUCUUGAUCUGGCUGCAAUUAACAUACAACGCGGCCGAGAUCAUGGUCUCCCUUCAUACACACAGUGGCGGGAACCUUGUGGAUUAAGUCCAAUUCGAGACUGGAACGAUGUGGAAAAGGUCGUUGGACCACGUUCCGCUCGUCGAAUUCAACAGGGUUACAAAAGCGUACAAGAUAUUGAUCUAUUUGUGGCUGGUUUGGCAGAACGUCCAGUUGUGGGAGGCUUGGUGGGUCCAACUUUUGCUUGUAUUAUCGCCCAGCAAUUCAGUAACUUAAGGAAAGGUGAUCGAUUUUGGUACGAAAACGACGGUUUUGAAUCGUCAUUUACGCCAGCUCAACUACAAUCAGUUCGACAAGUUUCAUUGGCACAAAUCAUAUGUCGUACGCUCGGAUCAGGCACUUUGCAGCCGCAUAUAUUUUUGCCGCACGAUGUUAUUUCCAACGAGCGAAGGUUAUGUGGAUCGGGAAUACUAGCACCGAUAGAUCUUAGACCAUGGAUAGAAUUGGAACCUUUUGUCAAGAAAGUACCUGUUCCGCCACAACUACCUGUCACGAAAAUCAUAAAUCAAAACGAUGAGGUUGCAGACAAAGUUGACUUUACUCCCAAUGGGAUGACUGGCGUUCAAAAACCGACUGCGGACAUACUAAGCCAGUUGAAAACAAAUGACAGUGCGAUAAAUAACAAGCUGGACUUUACGGGGACAAGUAACAAACGACCCAACAAAAUCAGUAACAAAUUACGUAGAAAAGGACAGACGAGGACGACAAAGCUUCCAAAGAAAACGGAAGUAUCGACUGUUGAGAAAAGCCGCAAAAGGUCAAAACGUGACACCAAAACACGGGCAGCUACGGAUCGAGAUGAAUUGAACUUGACUAUUCCUGCUGAACUUUACGACAAUUAUGAGACAAACGGUACGGUACAUACCACAGGGCACGCAAUUGCGAAUAGACGGGAAUACGGUUACAGUUCCGUUAAACCAUACCAAAACUAUAGACCACUAAGUGACGCAACACCCUCUAAUAAUUAUCAAACGUACAGACCUCAAAGUGACGUUACUAUACGCCCAUAUAACGACUAUAACGACCACCACCCAAUUGGUUCACAGCAAAAUGACGUUGCGUACAGACCACCAUAUUCUAGACCGCACAAUAGACCCCAAAACGAUGACCACUCGUACGAUAUUAAACCCGUUCAUGAAAUUCAAAUUACACCACAGCAUGACUACAAUACGAAUAGACCACAAUCACAGUACAAACCGAAUCGACCACAAAAUGAUGUUCAAAGACCCAGUUAUGGGUACGCAAAACCGGAACCUCAAUAUGUAGGACAAAAUACUGACCGACCAUACAUACACUCUACGUCAAGUAAUAGACCACAAAAUGACGUAUUUAGCCACAGACCAAAUUAUGACUACAGACCUACGAAUCAAGCGACAAAUACGAACUACGACACUCAAUACGGCGACAGUAAUGAUAAGCCAUACUUUACUACAUUUAGACCGCAAGAAGACAUCGUUGUUCGACCACCUAACGAAUACAAUUCGGUUAGUAAUGACGAACAGGAAGUGUACAUUAGACCACAAAGUCCAUACAGCAGUGAUAGAACGACUAGACGACCACAGAAUGACAAUUCCUACAACAGACCAUCACAAAGCGACAAUUCCUAUAACAGACCAUCACAAAGUGACAAUACUUACAACAGACCACCACAAAGUGACAAUACUUACAACAGACCACCACAAAGUGACAAUACUUACAACAGACCAUCACAAAGUGACAAUACUUACAACAGACCACCUCAAACUGACAAUACUUACAACAGUAAACCGACACAAAGCGACCAUACCGUUAACAUACCAUCUCAACAUUAUAGACCAAUUUCUGACGAUGACUCAAGACCUGACUACAUAGAACCAGUACAACUUGCUCCGAAUGACGUAUCAGUGCGACCACAAUACUCAUUUAAUACAGGAGAACCCAGUCAUGACCACAUACCUUCAAAUAGUUAUAAGCCUUCCUCAUCCGAUGUAGGCUAUGCUGAUCAAUCAGUUCGACCGUCAAUACAAGCUGACAUAUACGAUAGGCCCGACGAUUACAUACCUACUGAAACGACGUCGAAACCACUGAUUUAUUUAGAUGACUUUGGACUGACGACAAACAAUAAAUAUUCGACUCCAUUUAGUUACGAUGUACAUACAUCACCACAUUACGGCCAGUACGGUAGUAACGACUUUAUUUACAAGGACAAAUAUCCGAAUAAACACAAAGUUAGGCCGAACAUCUACACCCUUGACGACAUUAACGGCAUUCACAAAAUAACAACCCACCGACCGAAUGGUUUACUGUUCAAACCACUACGAACCCCAUCGAAAAAUUCUCAUUACGAGGCCUACUCUUAUUUUACGAAAUUUCUGUCAUCACUGGCAGACGUCUUCACUUACCCGAUAGUACCGUUUAUUCCGGAAAAUAAAGUAGAUAAUGAAAAUACCAGACAAAAAGACACACACGAUCUACCGUUGGAAGAAAAAUCGGAUGGAAUCCAAUUAGCGUUGAAUGACAAUGACAGUAAAGACAAUGAUACAUUAACUUUCGACAAAGACGGAUACUUAAGACCAGAACAUAUGAACUUAGAGCGACUUACUGUGACUAACCUUCCACAAAUGACAAACUAUACGGACAAACGUAGUGACUCUGACGAAAUUGACGAUUUUAUUUUACCUUUAUUGACCAAACAAGAGGACGACAAGAUAAGCGAAUCGGAAAGACACGGACACAAUGACGAUUUUAUAUUACCAGCACUCAAAGAAUUACGAAACAGGGAUGACAAGACUGCAACAAAUACUGUAGUUAAACGAAGACUAGUUCGAUCUGACGAUACGGCGCGGAAUCGUAGACAAUUAAGACUAAACGCUAAACGAACCAACAAUUCGGAGAAAUCUCCAAUUUUCAUGGUUCCAAUAGAGGUUCUCACUAAGCCUGAACGGCCAGACAAUUGGGUCAUGUUUGAUUCGGUGUACAAAGCACCUCUACCGAACGUUCCCUUGAUUCAAAUGGGUGGUGAUGUCGCUUCUGAAAUACCUCAACCUUUAUUGAAAUUGAAAGCAAUUCGAAAAAAGGAUUCGAUUAAUUCAAAUGGUUAAGUUUGCAUUUUCCAAAUCAUUAAAACAUUAAUUUAUUUUCUAGUAGAAUUUAGGUGGAAAUCGUUUUUUUUUUCUUAAUCAUUUUAUUUUUACAUUUUUUCUUUAAACUUAAUUUGAUAGAAAUAAAAAAAA